CACUCGACGUCCACGACGACGCCAUCUUAUUCGUCUUUCUUUUGCCGGAGGAGGGGGGACCGGGACGGAGGGCUCUCCUUCCAGCAGAGAGGCAGCGGCGGCGCAGACGAACAUGAGCGGAGCCAAAGCCCGCAGCGACGCGCCUGUUGCCGAGGACGUCCCCGGCGGCGGCGGGCACGGCACCGCGGCUCCUCCGCGGGACCGCAAGCCCGGCUUAGGGGUUCUGAAGAGGCUCAAGUCCCGGAGGAGCCAGGUGGACAGCAGGCCCGUCACGGAGGAAGAGCUGCGGGCGCAGGGGGGACACAUCGCGCCGGAGGACGUGCUGGGGCUGCGGGGGGCCACGCGAGGAUACCUGUGUAAACCCGAGGACAACAUUUACAACAUCGACUUUGUGCGCUUUAAGAUCAGAGACCUGGAGACUGGCACCGUCCUCUUUGAGAUCGCCAAACCGCCACACACAGAGGACGAGGAGGAGAACAGGGAGGCAGACGCCAGCGCAGGCCGAUUCGUACGCUACCAGUUCACCCCGGCCUUCCUGCGCAUGAGGAUCGUGGGAGCUACCGUGGAAUUCACAGUUGGAAACCGACCUCUAAACAACUUCCGCAUGAUCGAGAGACACUACUUCCGCGAUCACCUGCUGAAGAGCUUUGACUUCGACUUUGGCUUCUGCAUCCCGAACAGCCGCAACACCUGUGAGCACAUCUACGAGAUCCCUCAGCUGUCUGACAGCCUAGUCCGCCAGAUGGUGGAGCGUCCGUACGAGACCCGCUCCGACAGCUUCUACUUCGUCGAGAACAGACUGGUCAUGCACAACAAGGCAGACUAUGCUUACAACGGAGGACAGUGAUAUCUGCCUGCUAGCAUGCAAACACACACCCGAUACAUGUGCGUGCACACACACGCACAUGCACAUUUAUAGAUCUACAUACACACAUAAAUGCAUGCACAUGGCUGAACACCCAUACAGUUCAUUCACUCACACAAGCACAAACGGCUGCAGACAGGGCCGAGAUAUCUUUGACGUUUGGAAAGAUGAGUUGUCGUUCAUCGUUGCUGUCAUUAUUUUAGGGGGAUUUAUAUAUUGCGUGAGGUCAGUGUCAGAUGUACAAUCAGGAGGCUGCUGUUAGACGAGUAAUACAAAAUUAGCUAAUUCUCUUUAAAAAAAAGAAGUUGUGGCUGGUUUUCUUCCAAAUUAAAGAGGACUCAUCAUU